AUGCCCCGGCGACCAGUUCUUGGCCAAGAUGCAUCCUUGGCAUCACCAGCGCAGGAGGCGGAGGCUGCCGGACGCGACCCGGGCUGCGCCUCCGAACACCCCACGCUCGAUGUGAGGGAAAUCAGACCGCAGCAAGUGGCAGCGGAGCCAAAGCAGGCGAUCGCCGCGGAAGACGUCGCGACGAAGAAGAAGGGCGAAAAGAGGAAGCAUGGUAGCAAGUCGGAUGAGAAAGAAAAGCACGGAAAGAAGAGCAAGAAGGACAAGAAGGCUAGCAAGGACAAGGAGCGUCAGAAGGAGAAGCAGUCUCCGCAGAUAUCCACAAACGCUUGCAGCGGCGACGAUGCUAAGGACUUCGAUCUUGAUCAGCUCCUGGCUGGCACUGACCUGUUUGAAGUCGGCUCCACAGAUGAUGGAUACAUGGCUUUGCACGAUUUGCGUAGGAUACUGGAAUCGUGCGUCAGCAACGUGGAGGAGGAACUGGAGGGCUUUCCACGCUCGCGCUGGCUGCUUUCUGUUGCAAUCCAGGCCUUAGUCUUUCCCGUCUGCGUGUGGCUGUCUAUAUGGGCCGCCAAAGCAUCUGGCUGGGACAUGGGUCGCUGGCUUGCAUCUGCCGCACAUGAGCUGCCGAAUGCAUCGCGCUGGUACGUUUUUGCAUUAUUUGGAUCGCAAAGCCGAGACAUGUGCCCUAUGCCUGCAGAAGCCAGCUUCCUCAUGAAGGUGCACCACUAUGUGGUGACCGUGGCCUGCCUCCUUUCUCUACUCGCACCGAAGGGGUUUGGACUCUUCAUUGCCGGCACUUUCGUUCUGGAGCUGGGAUCGAUGUUCUACAAUCUGCGAGUGCUGUACCCAGGUUUCUAUGCCCGCAUCGAACAUUGCUGCCUUGGCUGGAGGACUGCUCUUUCUGAACAUGAAGGACGUGCCCAUGUGGAUGAGGGUUCUCUAUUUUGUGGCCGAUGUCGGAGUGUGUAUAGGCCGCCAGCGCCAUGCUUUGAAGGACGCUGGGCUCAUCGGACCUCGUGA